AUGAUGGUCGAGUGUCGUCUCAAGAAGAGGGUGCGGUUUUCGGACCGAAGGCAGGUCGUCCUGUUAGAGGAUAACACUAGUAGUAGUAGUAGUAAUGGGGUAUCCCCCAAGGUGGAUCAUCGCAAGGGUGCUCGGGAAUGCGCUCAUCGGUUGAUCUCCAAGGGAUACGGGCAUUUGCUAAAGGGUAGCUUUGAAGGGGCGACGGAUGACAAUACUACGACUGAUGUUACCCAAGAGAACCUCAAUUCCUUUGUGGCGGGGAUUCCGGAUCGAGAUAAUGUUCGAGGGCUCGAAAUCUACAUGUCUCCACCUCACCGGGAGGAACGGGAUAUGGCGCAUGAAGAUGUCGUGGAAGCGGUCUUGUCGAAACAAUCGCAGUUGGCUCGAAGGAGGGCACGACAAACGUCCUUUGACCCAAGCGACCAACUGCGAGCCGCUUCCCGAAAGUAUUCGCGAACUUCGCGAGUGUUUGCUCGACGCAUGGGGAUUGCCGAUGAGCUGGCGGUCCAAGAAGACGAAGCGCUGCCCCAACAACAGCAACAACCACAACCUCGCUGUCAUUCACUUUCACAGCAACCACCGCAACGUCCACAGCUUCUGCAGCAGCAACAACAACCCCAAAAGCUGUCGAAAGAAGCCGGCCCGGAAAUGACAUCCUUAUCCUCUCUGUUUCGUCGUGGGGAUUCCGCCCACACCACGAACUCCAAUGCCCGCAUGGCACGGCGACAACCGUCCACAAGACAGUUGGAUACCGGAAUCCGCAGUAUGGCGGCCAGCAUGAAUGCCAAAAAGGCCAGUCGUCAAGAAUCCAUUCGCCAACUCAACGUGAGCAUUCGCAAUCUGUCGUUUCAAGCCAGCAGUCACCAGUGCUUCCACCACCACGAACACAGCGACAGUAGCUUUUCCGAAAUGGACGGCAGCGGCUUCGAGUCGGAUGUUUCCAUCAUUCAUCCCUCUUUGGCCGUGUCGCACAGGGACCGUGCCCUCAAGAUUCCCGGACGACCCGCCAUGACCAAGGUCUCCGAUUGCGCCAAUUUGAUACAGAGUGCUUUGGAUCUGGUCGAUUGCAGCACGGAAAUCAUUGCCGAAGAUGAACCGGAUGGGUUGCUCCUCAAACAAGGGAGGGCUCGGUCCUGUGCUCUCUCGGCGUGA